AACUGUCAGUGCUUAAGUUCUGUUUUUAAGGCUCUAUCGUUCACAUCACCGGAACUGAAAGCAAAACUCCAAAUUUUCAGGACAGGGCAAACCCUCGAGGACCUCAAGCUCUAGUCUAAACUCAAAAAUGGCCGAAAAGAAACCCGAGGAGAAUAACAAAAGUUUGAAGAACACUGCCAGUAAUUCUUUAAACAUAUCAGAUCGCCUGGAAGCCCAUAAUCGCCAGCGGGAACAGAAUAAUGCCCUAUUUGCCCAACUUUUUGCCAGCUUGGAGGGUGAACAUCAGAAACUGAGGGAGUUGGAAGAGCGCCGAUCGAAGCUCAUUGAUGAAAUUAAGAAUCUGAGGGCUCUUCUUUUUGCCGAAAACAAAAAACUUCGGCAGACAAUGGCCCCCAUUCCUGGCAAUGCAAUUCCAGUGCCCAGUGGUAGUCCCAUAGCCAAAAAUCCCACCGAUACAUCAGGUGGUCCUACCACCUCGCUAAAAUCUGCUCGUUUGGAGCCCAGGGGUUCCACUAAAUCGGUGACAAUUGCCGAACCACCAGAAAGAAGUCUAACCAUCAACGAAAGACCCAGGGCAAAUAGUUCCCAGAGUUUGCAGAAAAAGGGAAAUCGGCGAAAUCUUAAACCUUCGUUAAAGAAAACUAAACAUAGGAAGCCCUUAGAUAAUACAUCCAAUACCCGAGAGGAUUUGUUAGACGAGCUCGGUGAAUCCGCACUAUCUAUUUCCGUGGGCUCCAAUUUGCAAACUCUGGUGCAAGAAAGAUCAAAUUUUGAGGAUCGAGAAGAUAUAGACGAAGUGGCGGUACCCCUUCCGGAACUUUUUACCCUUAUGGAUUCCCAAUUUGCAGGCACAACUCCUGCUAUUUUACCAAGUAAUCCAGACACCACCAAUGAUUCAAACGUUUCCGAAGAUAUUUUAAACCCCGAUCAAGAUCCAAAUUUUUAUCUGCCAAGUGCUAGAUCUUUAUUCGGGGACUUAAUAGGAACUGCGUCCGCCCCUUUAAUCAUGGAUUUGCCAGGAAUAUCACUGGAAUUACCUCCAUUUGGCAUUGCCGAAUGUUCAGCUAAUGUGGGGGAAGUCGAUGAUAAUGAACCCGAAAAGAAAACGGAUUAAGGACCUCCUAACUUUUAAGACCUACGAAACUUGGAACUAAAACUUUUACUUGAUCUGGCCACAUUAUUUCACUAAA